CUAUCUGCCGACUUUUCUCCUUCCUGCGCCCUCAAUCUUUCUUUUUUCUCCCCUCCCAACCCUCUCUCCCAAUCCUAUCUUCAACCUGUUGUUGCCCGCAGCCGUCUCCCCCAACUUCCCCAUCUGGCACCUCUCCCGCCCUCGCUUGGCCAAGCCCUGCAUUGCCUCGUGCGCCAAGCUCCAACCCCACGCCCUGCCAUUGGCCCAUCCAUCCUCCUUCACACGUCCUCGCGUCCGCUCCAAGAGGCAAUCUACCUUCUCCAAUUUACGUCUACGGAUCUUGUACACUUGUUGAACCCAGAUCAACGCUCACGUCGCUGGUCUCUGUCGCCGCAUCAUGGAGGCUCAUCCCGCCCACCAACGGCCGCCAGCGCCUGACACUCUUUCACAGCAUACCCUUCCUCCCAUCGCUUCCUUGACCAAUGGCGCGCCGCUCGUCGAACAAAGCCCCAUUCGCCUCACCCAACCCUCCGAAGCCCGUGAUUCGGGAAACUGGUCCAUUUCUCAAAGCAAACACUCUUCAUGCGUUUCCAACACCACGGGCCUGCACAUUACGUCCAUUCUCAACUCAGACGACUCUCCCUCCCGUAACUCUGUUCCCGAUACCCCGUCUUCGUCAAGACACCCAUCCUUCCAGCCCAGCGUCGUCCCCUCAUUCAGAUCCGAGUUUGAUAAUCGGCUGAGCGUCGAGUCGAGCCUGCAUGAAGACUCGAGACGGAGCAGUGUCGAUAGCCGAUUCAAUGGCUUGGCUAUAUCAACCCCCUACGAUAGUCAGAACGCCUCUCGCGCUUCGCUCGUCUCGAACCUCCAGCAGCAAAGGGGAAUCACCAACCCGGAUCAACGUCCCAAUGGCCCCUCACCGCUGUCGCCGCUGAGCCCUAGGGCUGGCGCGCGGGUGAGCCAGCCGCCGCGCCGCGCGCCCGUCAUCAAUCCCAAUCCCCGAAGUGUCUCUGGCAUGCCAGAUCCCAUGGCGGCCUCUCCAACCAAAGGUUAUGCUUGGGCGUUUCCCGACGAUGAUAGACGCGUGUCAAGUAGUGGUGAGUCAUGCGCUGGUCAUCCCAUGUCACGGCAAAACAGCCUUGCCGCCUCCAUCAGCAGUAGCAUCUUCACAAUAGACUCCAAUCUCCCCAUGGGUCAAAAGAGAUUCGGACAGGACGAUCUCACCACAACCCAUCACCAUUCCAUGCAACAUCGCAGCGUCACGAAUCUGCAAAAUGCCGACCAGCCCACGCCCUCAACCACCCAGAGCGGUUACAGCCGUACCCCAGAGCUGCGCCACGGCCACAAGAUGGCGGAGCGGAAACGACGAAGCGAGAUGAAGAACCUCUUUGACGAGCUGAACACGAUUCUGCCAAACUCCGCGGGGAGUAAAUCGAGCAAGUGGGAAAUCCUGACCAAAGCCAUCGAAUAUAUAAAGAGCCUAUCCAAGGCGCAUCAGGAGGCUCGCGCUGAGCUCAACCGGCUACGGCCCGAAGCAGAGUAUUAUCGGCGGACACAAGAGGAGUGCCAGCUUCUGCGCAACGAACUGGCAACGGUAUGGCAGCACCUCCGCCGAGCCGAUCCUCACAGCCCUCAUGUCUACGGAGCCGUGACAAGCUCGCUCGCACAGGAAGCCGCACAAGGCUCGGUUCCCGGCAGCGCUCCCAAUAUCCUGCCGCCCAUCCAACAACAGCAACAACCGCAACACCCUCCCCCACCCCCCGUGCCGCAGCAACCUCCCCACCUCGCGCAGCCCAUGCCGCAGCCUCCUGGCUGGCCUUCGGGUGCUCCUUCCGCUAUGCAAGGUGUCGAAUUUGGCGGUAUGCGUCCAUACGAGCAGCGUCACCGCUGACCUCACCACCUUCCCCUCCAUCUCCGAUUGCCAUGUACACUAUCCUACCGCGUCCGAUGCCUUGGCGUGAGGGCCGUAUCCACCUUUCGAAGCUAUAUAUAUUAUUAUGUUCAACAGAAAGAGAGUGAUGGCAGGUCUGCGUCGCACCGCGCCAGCCGUACCCCUUGUAGGAUCUAUUUGCUUUACACAUUUGCAGCCAAAGUCCAAGGAGACUGGUUCGAUUCUGUUGUUUCUUGUCCUUCACACCCUAUGUCGACCAAAUACCGGGUUCGGCUUCCCUCCCUGUG